GCGGGAUUCGCGCCGCGAGCUUGCUAUAACACACGUAUGUGCGAUGGUAGGAGAUGGCCAGGUACACAACAUCAACUCGCACCGGCUAUUAGGUCGCGUCGAGUCAGUUGAUGGUGCCUACUUGGAUACACCAGUCGCUGGAAUGGUGACCCUGAACACCACAGACUAACUGAGUGGAGAGUAAGCUGUAAGCUUCGCAGUGCGCGGAAAUGCCGGGUUCACAGCAAGUCGGGGACGAAAACAUUUACGAAAUGGUGGAUACAACGAGGGUAAAAAAAGUGCGUGAGGAUGUCGAGUCGGCCAUGAAUUCGGCUCAUUCCUCUGCCAAGUAUAACACGGCACCGGCGAGCUACUUUAACAAAAUCAAGAUGAGUUUUCGCGAAAAGCUGCAUGGCAUCAGGGGAGAAGACCAUUACGAUGUGGUGCAAACCCUCAAUGACGAACUCUGCCCCGUCGAUUUAUCGGAUAGUUUUGAAGACCUGCAGGAGAGACUGUUGGUAAAAAUCGGUCGCGAGUUGGUCAGGAAUUCCAUCAUCGAGAUGAUGCGGAAUGACUAUCGCAUGCUUAUCGAUAUCGAAGAGGGCAACGAAGUGGACUUGGAGCGGACUUCAUGUGAAGACCGUCAUGUGCUGCUUUUGUGGGCCGCGUUUCUCAGAAGAAAAGACAUCCUCGAAAUAUUGCUGGCCAAAAGGGACUGCCAGUUGCAGAUCGAAACCCCUGAGUCGGGCCUGAGUGCACUUCACCUGGCCGCAUUCAGCGGGUGCCACGAAUGUGUCCUUCUCUUGCUCAACUCAGGCGUGAAGAUGACUCACCGCGCCGAUUACUCGCCACUGCACUGUGCCGCCCAAAGCGGCUCCAUCUACUGUGUGCGGUUGCUGCUGAAGAAAGGGGCCGAAGUCAACUCAAAGUCUGAAGACAUCACCAUCAAGGAGCACCAGGACUCGGCCCUCCACUGUGCGAUCAAGGCGGACUCGCCCGAAAUCGUGAGGGAGCUCUUGAAGGCGGGAGCGGAUCCAACCGCCCUUGGUCAGGGUGGUUUGUCUCCUCUCCAUGUGGCAGCGGACCUGGGCUAUAUGAGUUCGAUGAGAGCCCUCCUAGAGUUCUGGAAGACCUCUAGAGGGCAGUGCAAAAUGGAUAUCAACCAGAAGACCGUCGACGAGAGGGAGUAUACAGCCAUGCACUUGCUUGCAGAAGACCAGUGUGCAGAUGGCAUUCGCCUCCUGAAAGAAUACGGGGCUGCUUGCCAGGAGAAGAGCAGCAAAGGAAUGACGCCUCUGCACUUGGCAUGCAGAGAGCAGUCCGUGGAGUGCGCCAAACUUUUGUUGGAAAGCUGCGAUAUUAAUGAACAAGACAAAGAAGAACGAACGCCUCUGCACAUGGCCCUGGGUAGACCGGAAUCGACGGAAAUCACAGAAUUCCUUGUAUGUCAGGCAGGCAUCAAGGUCAAUAUGCCUGACAAGCAUGGUUUUAUUCCCUUGCACAUUGCGGCGCUAAACGAGCAGGCGAUGGCGGCGGCAAUUUUAAUCAGGGCAGGUGCGGAUCUGACGGCAAGGACGAACAGGGGCUCCACAGCACUGAGGCUGGUUAUCCGGAAGGUCCCUGCAGCAUUGUAUGCGGUGGAGGAGCUGAUGGACGCUUCGAUCACCCUCACCAACAACAUGGACUCGCGUGACGUGGAACUCAAAAUGGACUUCAAACCUUUGCUGGCCUCCAAGAAGCGGAUAACGACUGACUUGUUGAAUACUUUCAUCGCGGAGGGCCACCCCGAGCUGAUGCAGCACCCGUUGUGCCAAGCCUUCCUUCACAUCAAGUGGAAAGAAGUCCGCAUGUUUUACUUUUUGAGAUUACUUUAUUAUUUUGUGUUCCUGCUGUGCAUAUCUAUUUAUGUCAAUUUCCUUUCCUGUGGAUGCAGUGAGUUCAUAGCAAUCCCUAGGCAGGGUAACAACGACUGUGCAAAAUCUACUUACAUCCCAAAUAUUGUGUUGAAAUUCAUUUGCAAAUAUCUAAUAUCACUUUCAAUUCUGGAGGCCCUAAGAAAAUUGUACGGACUAAUUGCAUUUUGCGUUGCACCAACCUCAGUCUCCAUCAAAAAAUCAUUGGCGAUUUACGUAAAACAAAAGGAUAACUGGCUGGAAUGGAUUUGCCUUAUUUGCAUCACGAUUUGUGCAACGCUAACUGUAAGUAGCAAACACGCCUAUGUACUCAUCUACAUAGGUGCCACCGCCGUCCUGUCAGGAUGGUUCAACCUGAUGAUCUUGAUAGGCCAACACCCCUAUUUUGGUGCGUAUGUGGAAAUGUACACAUGUGUACUGAAAGAAAUGUCCAAGCUCCUGAUGGCGUACUGCUGCAUGCUUAUCGGGUUCGCGAUUAGUUUCCAUGUUCUGUUUGAAUCAAAAGCAGAAAGCUUUUCGAGCAUCGGGAAAUCACUGGUCAAAAUUCUGGUCAUGAUGACUGGCGAACUGGAAUUUGAAGACUUGUUUGAGAAGAGUGAAAAUAAAACCGCAGAAACCGACAGCUCGUCGUCAAUUGUGGUACGCUUUCAGUAUCCAAACAAAGAAACUGCGAAAAAUCUUGCAAUGGACACUGUGGAUGUAGAGGUACUCGCUUACAUUAUUUUCGUGGUGUUCCUCCUACUCGUGACUGUGGUGCUCAUGAACCUUCUGGUCGGCAUUGCCGUCCACGACAUCCACGGCCUGCGCGCCUCAGCCGUAGUUUCAAGACUGCAGCAGCAGGCCAAUUUGAUUGGCUACAUAGAAACGGCGUUGCCCAACUGGUGCACUUUGAAGUGCCUUUUGUGCUGCUGUACUCCGUUCAUGGGACGGAAUAGGUCGCGAACUCGAAGGCGAACCGAGAUGGGGAUCCUGAGUGUGAAACCGCACAACUGGAAAAUGAACCAUCUUCCCCGAGAAAUCGUCAGCGCCGCCUUCGAAGUGGCAAAAAAGAUGAACCCUUACAUGGGCCCGGGCAAGAGGUCGACGAAACCAAAACCAAGGUACAAACGAAUUUACAGCAGGCAGCAAGGUGGGUCGAUUUAUGACACCAUCAUUCCACGAACGGACAACUAUAAGAGACCGUCCAUUACGCGUGUCAAGAGUCAAUACUUGCAUCUGGACAAAAAUCUUGAUAACUAUGAUACGCAGUCCCUGCACAGCAUCAAUUCGGAUAAACACAUUUCCGAUGAACUAAGAGAAUUAAAAAUUGCUCUGGCGCAUCAAUCAGCGUUGCUGCAACAGUUAUUAGAUGCCAAUCGAAUUGGAUCACAUAAUACACUUAAACAACCUAUCUACUCCACAAAUAUAUAA